CAAACAUUCUUCGUGUCAGAUCCUUAACUUGUAAGCCAUCGAGGUGUUCGCGUAGUGCAAACGAACAUUACCUACAUUUCCUAUCCUUUCUUUUCGAAUUCUAACUCUCUCCCUCUCCCCCUCUCUUUUUUUUCUCCCGUACUCUCUCUUUCUUUCUCUUUCUCUUUCUCUUUCUUUCUCUGUGUCUCUCCUUAAUUUCAUGAAAUUAAAUUAGAUUCGAUCAUGAAAUCGAAGAGGAAGGUACAUCCGCUUGCAUAACGCUAUUGCACGCAGUGUUUUCGCAAUCGUCCUCGUAGUUUGCUGUCUCCCGUGAAUACUUUCUAAAAAGAUCUUCCGGACACGCGCGAUAAUGAAGGAUCAAGAAGAAUCCGAGCCUACAUCACCAAUCUCUGAGACUACAUGCAAGAGCAUUGGUUUUCAACGAAUCGAUCUCGUACUGGAUCAUCCUCAGAAAGUAUAUUACUGUGGGAACAAAAUUACUGGAAAAAUUAAUCUCUACCUUGACGAGCCGGUUGACGCGAUUGGAAUCCGCCUAAAAUGCAAAGGAGAAGCCCAGGUGUAUUUUACCGAUCGUUCGGCAGGAAUAAGGCGCAAAUUCUCGUCGGAUGAAAAUUAUUUGCACGAGGAGUUCUACGUCGUAGGAGAGAGAAAUGUAAAGAACACGAUAACCGGAGGCGUCUACCCGUUCAGCCUGACACUUCCGGAAAACUUGCCGUGCAGCUUCGAAGGCCGCUACGGACGUGUGCGCUAUUCAAUUAGGGCAUUGUUGGACAUAACGAGCGUCUAUCGGUUUUCCACCAAUAUUAUUCCAUUCACCGUAGCACCCACCCUCGACCUUAAUCGAGAUUCUCUCGCACCGCUACCUGUCAGCGAGAAACAAUCUAAGGUUUACAUGGGUCAAACUGAAUCACUUAACAUGUCGAUGUCAUUGCCAGUAAGAGGCUACGUUCCAGGACAAACUAUACCGAUUCAAAUAUUGUUAAAAAAUUAUUCUAAUGUAAUUGUUAAAAAAUUGCGAAUUGUCUUUAAAAAGGUUAUUAUGUAUCAUGCUACAGAGAAAUCUAGGAAACAUAAAGAAAUAGUAGUUGAAAUCGAACAACCGACCGAUAAAAAUUGCGAAUCAUACGACAUCGUGUUUGACGUACCGGCUGUGCCACCAACUGGAAUGAUUCAUUGCAAUAUCAUUGAUGUUUUAUAUACCCUUAAGGCCGAAGCUUGCGUCGACGUGAGCGAAUGGUAUUACAGAAUGUUUCAAAAAAAUUUAAAACUUCGAACAAAAGUGAUAGUUGGUACAAUACCUCUUAGAAAUUACGAAGAUCCACAAAAUACGUUAUCGUUGCCUGUCGAUACUUUAUCAUCAAAUGUUAUGAAUACUUCGGAAGCAUCUUAUUUAAAUGAAAAUGAGAUUUCAACAAAGGAGAUAGGAGAAACGAAUCAAUCAGAAGAAAUCUUACAAGUCUACGAAAAAAGUCAAAUAUAUCGAUCUUCAAAACCGGACCGAGACGAUCCCACAGGAGAUGAUGGUGACAGCGAUGGAGAGGUCAAACCAUAUUCCCCUGUGUACCGUGUGUACAAAUUUAGAAGUUCAACCAGAAGGAAGGAAGCUAACUAAAAACGAGUCGAGUGCCAGUUAACGGUAAACAGUAGUAGUACCUUUUGCUUCGUUGCUUUAUAAAGUCGACGUAACAUUACUACAAUAUGGCAAAUUUUAAACAGAGAAUCGAAUAUUACAUUUAAAAAGCAAAAUAAUUCAAUUCAAUUUCGAUUUUUCUUCCAUCGUCUAACAUCGUUCAGUCGAAUUGCGUUCAAUAAUAAAUCUGUCAUCGAUUUAUUCAUAAUGAAAGUAAAAUAACAUUGGAAAGUACGAUUUACAACAAAACGACCAAGUAUUUUUAAUACUUCUAAUGUAAAUGUCGAAAUAACAAAUAUACCCAGUGAAAUUUGGAACCCCAUUGGGACCAAACCACGGAAUCGUUAAAAUGUAAUUUUUCAAACUUUACAGCGAGCUCAUGUUGUACGUAUGAGAAUUAGAAACUGAUAAAACAUCAAAAAUUUACGUUUGA